AUGGGUCCUGCUUUUGUAACCGUUUACAAGGCCCAUACAGAAAACUGGGCUGGCGCGCUCCAAGCUCGAGUCCAGCACGUGCCCCAAGCAUGGGCCCAGCGCGAGCCCCAGGCUCCUCCCCAGCUCACGCUCCAGGAUCCGGCCCAGCACGAGGUCCAAGCAGGGCCCCAACGCCAUCUCCAGUUUCUUUUCCUCCGAGGCGAGCUCCAACUCCAACACCAACUACUUCUCCAGUUAACCCACCAGCACCGGCAGAAACACCAGAGGAGGCGCCAAGCAGCGGCCCAAUAUCGGCGCCACCACCGUACAGCUGGGGACCGGCCGCUGACGAUUCGCCGGCGCCGGCGCCGUCCGAUGCCGCAACUUUCGCCAUUUCCUUUAACCUCUGCGUGCCUCUUCUUCUCACCCUUCUCCCUUCAUUCCGACCAUUGUGAUGCUCUUUUUCAGAAGCCAUCUCCUCCUUAUUUUUGACCGAUUAAUUUUCAUCAGUUUACUUCUUAUUUCUCCCCUUGGAGAUUUUUUUUAAUUAUUUUUAUGGAACUCUUUUGAAAUAAUGUAGUCUCCAUCUUUCGUGAGCGGAUCAUUUAUUAAUAUAGAGUUCUUUUUUUUUCUUGAUGUUAA